AUGAAGAGGCCUCUGGGUCCAACCCCUUGGCUGAUUACUGGAAACUUGCUGCAACUUGGAGAAGAUCCUCAUAUAAUAUUAACAAAAUCAAGAGAGAAAUAUGGAGAUAUGUUUCAAACAAACGUGGGAUCCGUGCCAGUGGUAGUUCUGCAUGGCUUUGACACAUUUAAGCAGGCUUUAGAAAUACAAGGAGAAAGCUCUAACUGCAUUAGAGGUAUUACUGAUACUCUGACUGCACUAUGUGAAUGCCAAAAAAGUCAAAGUGGUGAAGCUGUGUUGACAAAUAAGCAGAUUGUUUCCGCUGUCAGUGACAUAUUUGGGGCAGGCCUAUUUAACCCUGGAAGAUUUGUCCAUGACAACUGUCCAAUAAACAAGUACUUAGCUGAAAAAGUAAUGAUCUUUGGACUUGGCAAAAAAAGAUGAUUUGGAUACAGCUUUGCUCAUGUUAAAAUCUUCAUCUUAACAAUGUUGCUACAUCAACUGAAUAUCAACAGUUCACAAGGCCAGAAUUUAGGUGUCUCCCCAAAUUUUGUACUAGCAAUGAAACCUGAGCAGUUUAAAAUUUCAGUCUCACUGAGAACAUAA